AUGGAUAACCCCGAAACCCAAAUUCAUCAUGUUAUCAGUGCCUUGACGAUGAAGUCCCGUCAAGAGCAAUCUGAUACUCUAGAUGAAUAUUUCCUACCCGAUGCCUAUUUCAUCCACCCAUUCUGUCGUGUUCCAUCCUUCGGCGAUCGCAAAAUCCUCUGGACGAAUCAGGUCAUAAAUUCUCGCUGGUUUAUCUACUUCAUCUACCAAUGGUACCGUGUCUUAAGUCCAGACAUCAAGCUUAAGAUCGAUUCAACUAGCUUCGACAAGAAGAACGGCUUGUUAUAUUGCUCAAUUCGCCAGACAUUCACGCUCUGGUUCGUGCCGUAUUCUUUAUGGCAGGCCAACGUAAAACUAGUGACUGUCCUAGAACUACAACGGAAACCUACCGACCGCAGCAAUAGACCCAUCCUCAAGGGGAGAGCCAGUCCUGAUAACAACGAUCUAUCUCUCUCCUAUCAGCCGAACAAGCUUUACUUCAUAAAAGGUCAGGAGGACCACUACCAAGUACAAGAGUUUCUCCGAUUCGUUGCACCUUGGGGAGCCUCGCUGCUGUGGAUGGCAUGGCAACUAUUUGCAACUUUCAUUUGCGCGGCUGGCGUUCUAUUCCUUCGAAAGCCCAUCGUUGUCUUUAGGGAGCUUGCUCGCCUGGUCUCAAACAAGAUCAAGGAAGUCGACUUGAAAGAGGCAGGCGUACGUGCUGCAAAGACGUGCGGCCGAAAAGUAGGAGACGUAUUGGUCGAUUUAAUUCUACUAUCGUAUCAGGACACCGGUGAGACGCAUUCGAGAUCUGCAGUCGCGCUUAAGAGCAUGACGCCUGAACAAUUCUCACCCUUAUUAGAACUAGAUGGGAAGGAACUGAGUGAGGCUAUCAAAGUGGAUUAUGGCUUUGAUGGCAAAGACAACUUAUACCCAAAUCCAGCACUAGGAACGGAUCAGCCCUAUGACACACCCAAACAGGAACCUACUCUUCACCCAUCAAGCCCAACGGUGGAUCUGCUAUCUCAAGGACUCCAACAAUGCUCUAAAGUAGUCAGUUUUCAGGAGGAAGAGGAUCUAGAGUUACCCGAGAGUGCUAUAGGUAAUAGCAGACGAUUUCGGCCAGGAACGGGCAUAAGGGAUCUCAAAGUUGAGAGGCGAUUUAAAUACGGAGAAUCGUUGGAAUCCGACCCAAUUGACGUUGUCGAGUGCGACGCCGAGUCCGCGACUGCACCAUUGCAAUAUAAUUACAAAGGCAAGGAAGUGGAAGUUGUGGAAGUUGAUACGUCAACUGAGGCCGAUACACCGAAACAGGUGCCUGAUAUCGUGGUCACUGAGGUCUAA